AUGUGGACAUUUAGUAGUGAUGAUUCUGAUUUUAUUGAAAUUGUGUAUUCACCAAUUGGAAAUAUAGAAGAAGGUGGUCAUGACAUAACAGUAAAUACCCCUUGUUUGUUGUUUAUUCUUUUAAAAAUAACUAAACUACUAAUCGAAAUAGUAGAAGAAGGAUGGGCAAACAUUGUUCCAGGACCUGACAUGAAUUCUGUUGGUGGAUGUACAUUAGCUAUGUAUUUAACUACCAAAAAUGAUGUAUCAAAUCCUCCAUAUGAUACAAGAACACUCCAUUUUAAGUUUGACAAACCAAAUGUUAUCAAAAAUGAGAAAACAAUAAGUGUUAUCAUUAUGGAAAUGAGCUCAACAAAAAAAAGUUAUAUGAAAACUGGUACUAUGAUAUCAUUAGGAAAAGAUGUCGAUAUGUCUUCUUCGUUUAUUGAGGUUUUUAAAAAUAUUCAAGUAUUCUUUGAAUGGUAUACUGGACAUAAAGGAUUUUCAUAUAAAUUAAAACUUGGAAAGAAAAUUCAUCAAAACAGAGGUGUUCCACAAUGGUUUAGAAUGAAGACUGGAAAUACUAUUAAUUAUAAUUUCAAGAGAAGACACUGGAACAGAAGAAAGAUGGGUAUGUAA